UUGCUCAAAACAGUUAGUAAUAGCUAUCAACUUCAGAAAAAGUAAAACUUUAGGCCGGGCGCGGUGGCUCACGCCUGUAAUCCCAGCACUUUGGGAGGCCGAGGCGGGCGGAUCACGAGGUCAGGUGAUCGAGACCAUCCUGGCUAACAUGGUGAAACCCCGUCUCUACUAAAAAUACAAAAAAUAACUCUGUCUCUACAAAAAAUUAGCCUGGCGUGGUGGCGGGCGCCUGUAGUCCCAGCUACUCGGGAGGCUGAGGCAGGAGAAUGGCGUGAACCCGGGAGGCGGAGGUUGCAGUGAGCCGAGAUCGCGCCACUGCAGUCCGGCCUGGGUGAAAGAGCGAGACUCCGUCUCAAAAAAAAAAAAACAAAAAGAAAGAAAAAAAGAAAAAGAAAAGAAAAAGAAAAAAAGAAAGAAAAAAACUUUAAAGAUAACUUUUAGAAGGAAAAUGAAAUACAGAAAUAAUACAUCUCAUUUACACUUAAAAAUAAUAUGAAUUGUCACUAUUUCCUAUGAAAACAUCUCAUGCCAAGUUCUUUUAUUAAGCUUGGAUUUUAAAUGUUAUAUUUGAGUUGAAACUGGUAGAAUCUUAGUAAAAUUAUAACAAUAAGAAAUUUUGAUAUUAUAUAUAUAAUAUACAAUAAUCACAUUUAAUUCCAUUUGUUAGUCUAUUCUGAUUCUUUAGCAGGUUGAUUCAUAAUUUACCAACUCGGAUCAGAAAUAUUUUCUAUUCUUAGCUUUUGCUGUCAGCAGAGAUAAUAAUAAUAUAGAGCCUGAACAACAAAGGAUUGUGUAUUGUUUCAAUUUAAUUAAAGUUGAUUCGCUGCUUUAAGAGAGACUCACAUUUUAUAUUUUAUAUUUUUUAAUUAAAAAGAGAAUGUAGAUAUUUGCUUUUCCAAAUUUCCCAUAAGAUAAGAAAAACAUAUUUUUUCUUAAUUACACCCUUGCUAAGUCAUGCUAGCUGCCUGACCUUGGACAAAAUUCUUAACCUCUUUGUGUCUCAUUUUCAGUAACUGUGAAUUAAAGAUAAUAAUUGUAGUAUAUUUCUCAAGGGAUUAUUGUGGGAAUUAAAUAAAAUAAUCCUCUAAAAUGCUUAGUACAGAUUCUGGAACAUAAUAAGCAGAAAAAAUUAAUAACAAUUAUUAUUUUUAUUUACUAUAUUAUGUGACAUACUUUUUCUUUAUGAUCUUCAGGAGAAUUUCUACUCAUCUUAAAAACGUAUAUAGAUAUUGAUCUGCAGAGAAAUAUAUCUGUUAUUUCAAGGUCUGUGGAUUACAUAAUGGUCAACUCUGAUUGAUUUACUGAUUAAACAAAAUUUUAAAACAAAAAUAAAAAUAUUGCAGCUAUGUUGGUUUUAACCAUUCUAAACUCUGAUGAAAUUUGCUUUCUGUUUGGUUUGUGACUAGGAAGAUAAACAUUAUUUAUUAGGAAUAAAAAUUUCUGGUGUCUAAAAAAUUUCAAGAGGAAAACUGUUAGAUUCUAUUACAAUUAAAUCUGUUAAGAUUUAAUUGCAAAUAUGUAAAUAAUGCAAAUAUAUCUUAGGGUACAAUUUUUGUUCUCAUUAACUUACCCAUUUUACAUUUUGAGAACAGUAAUAGAUGAAAUACUUGUCAAAGAGAAGAUCUAAGAUGGUUUAAAGAAAAUAUUAAAUGAAAUCAAACUUACUUGUCAAGCUCCAUAGCACAACUUACAAGUCAUAAAUCACACUCUGUAUGACAGCUACGGAAGGGAUCUGGGUAGUAAAACAAAAUGAUGGAUUUUAUCUUUCCUGUUUUUGAGUUUUUUUUUUAAGAAAAUCCUUUUCAGUAGAUUUGUUAACAGUACAUAACGAAAAUCCUAUAGGCAUAGGCCCCCCCAAAAAUCACAAGGUAUACAACACUUGUGUCAUGCAUCACCCAGAAAAAGAAUCACAUACAAUCCUACAGCUAUAAAAUACAGGAAUCCAUGAUUCUUGAAUGCAAACACAACCUACACAGCCUCUCUGUUUCCAAAGACAUGCACUGAACCUCCCACAUCUCCCAGAAUACAAAAUACGGAAGCCACAUAAACUCAAAUACACAAAGAACCACAAACUAUUUUUAUCAAAUACAUAUAAGUCCACCUCACGAACUCUGAGAACACACAUAUGAGUGGCAACACCAAAUUCUGCGAGUAUUUCACUUCACAACAGACACAGAGGACCACUAAGUCUUAAUAUACCCCAAACCCCUCAUAUACACACUCGCAAACUACCCAUGAAUACACACCCCACCCUCCCAGAUAAAACCCAUACAAUACAAAAAAAAAACCCCACAAAAACACCAAUAAUACUCUAAUAUACGCACACAACUUUCAUAUACCCAUGGGCACAUACAAACUCACAAAAAUAUCCCCAAUCCCUGAGUGUAUAAAUCCCCCGAAACACUAUCCAAUCAAUAUGCUGCAUCUCCGGAAUACAACCUCCUCACCUCAUCCCCUAAACAUGCCCAAACACAUGUACGAACAUCCUAGCAUUCUCCAAAGAAAUACACUUUAAAUACUAACAAUCCCAUAUUCUAUAAAUAGACUUAGAUAAUUCAUCUAUCUGCUGAUAAAUAUACACACAAACCAGCAUACACACCCAAGAUGCAUGGAAAUAUCUCCAGCAUAUCAUUUAUAAAUACCCAUAAAAACACUUCCCAAUCCCAAAUUAUCCCAAUCUAGUAUGAACCAGCUCCCACAUUGCCAAGUACUAACCAAUAACCAUAUCACAUACCUCUAAUACAUAUAAAUUCAACUCUCCCACUCUCCUGUAUAAAAAGAGAACCCCAUCUCUCUAUCAGACACACACAUACUAAAUUCCCAGAAUAUAUAACCCUAAUAACCACUUACUGCAAAACACAAGCACAUAGCUCCACAAAACCUUCAUCUAAACUGCCACGCCCUUCAACGCACACACAAACUCAAUACUCAUGUAGUUGUCUACAUGCCCUAAAUAUACCCGCGAUUAACUAACACGCCACAAAUAUGCAAACAUGCCACCUCAUAUCCCCAAAUACACAUACAGUUCCACAAUACUGCCCGGCCCAGUUAUGACCUUCUUUAAUCUGCAAUCUCCACACAGACACAACCAACCCACACACGUGAAUACAUAUUAGAUUCUCACCAAUUAAAUACAUAUCAAAUUCCAAACUAAGAAUUCAUAUAAACACAUUUUCACAUACACAAAACCACCCCCACAAAUCUCACACCCUCCAAAAUCCAAAAUAAAUCUUCCUGACAUUCUCAAAUACACACUAACCCAACCACCCAAGAUAACACACAUGUGUGCAGUAAAUUUUAGAUACAUGUGUAGCCUACAAUUUACAAAUAAUAUACCACUACUUUUUAUUUGUAAAUUCCACAUAAGUAAGCGAUUCUCAUGGAAGCUUUUCUUGACUUUGGCCACACUCUUGCAUCCACAACCAACUUGUGCUACCAAGUGAACAAACUAUGACUAAAGGCCUGUUCUUCCACUUUGCAGCUGCUCCUAUCAGUGACAAAUCAGCGUAUUAGAACAUGCAUGCUGGCUGAUCAUUCUGAUCAAGUCAACAAGCUUCACAACUUACUCAAUGAGGUCGUCCGUGAGAACUUCACUGUUUUACCAGGACAGGAGCUACUUCUUUGCUGAACUGCGUCACGGUUUCAACUGCUGAGGUUUUCUUCAAGCUUUUGCAUUGUUUGGAAUGUGAAAGGCACGGCUGAGACACACUUUGGCGUUCCCACUGCAUUGUUACACCUCCCCCAUCACUUCAGGUCCAGGUAACACCAAGGACGCCAUGAGAGCGAAGGCCGUUGGGUAACCGCCCUUUGCUCUCGCGCUGCGCGUCUCCCUGCCAUGAACCGCCGCAACCGGCGCUGGGAGCGGUUGAGGGCGGCGGGCCGGCUCCGCUCUGGAAGCGGUUGAGGGCGGCCAGCCUCGCGCUGGAACCUCGCCCGCCUCAAGACUCGUGCGGCAGCGCACGGGGCAGGCCAGGAGCCCGCCCUAGGAGGGCCCCGCUGUAGAUGUGGAAAUGGAGGGACGCAGCACCUGGGCGCUUCCUGGGGCCAGACAAUGCCCCCUCAUUGGAACCUGCAUGACCAUGCCUCUGAGAAACCAGCACGUCCGCAACGAUCACUCCUAAUUUUCGGAUUCCUAUCGUCUGUCUCCACGUGAUAACACUGAAGAGCCUUCACGUUGAUGCAGGCCCAGGGCCUCAAGUGCAGAGACUGAGAGCUCUGCAGGACACAGCAUGGAGCUGCCAUUCCUCUACCGUUCCGUGAUUGGGUGGAAGAGCAUGUGUCCUCUGAACAGGGGAUCCAAGCCCUGAGAUGUUCUUUCUCAGCAGUCAGUGCGGCCCAGGACUUUCUGUGGGGAUGCUCAGAGAGCAGGGGCUGGAGGACUUUUAGCCACCACUUCCCAUGGCCAGUCUUCACAAAUUACCUUUGGCUAAUUUGAUUGUCUCUCCUCCUGGGGUCUAGGACUUCAAACAUGUACAGAAGCGAUUACAGAAUUAAGACAAGACACUGUUCCACAGUAUAUUUUUUGUAUCACUGGCUCAGAGAAAGACUCAUUCAAAUCCUGUAUCAAAGCCAUGUGUGAAAAUCUUGAGAAAGCAUCGGUUGACUGACUUGACAAGGGAGGAAGCAACCAAGAAUUCUGUCCUUCUUCAGUAUCUGAGUAUGAUAUUUUGCUUCAACAUCCCUCUUAGAUGAAGUUAUUGAUUGAAAAUCAUUGAAGUUUGCCCCGUGAUAAAAGAUCAAGUCCUCAGAAAGAUCUCCAAAGCAUUUACGGUUUGUUUGGUUUUGUUUUGUUUUGGUAAGUUUACCAUGAUUUUGCUUGAAUUGCUCUCCGUUGAGCUUCUCAGCUAAGAUUGAGGUAGAGUUGCACAGCAGAAGAGGGCUGCAUGUAAGAAGGCAGUUCUGUCUCAGAGGACGAAAGGCCUGGGAGCACCCAGACAGGCAUUCACUGCGUGGAGGUCACUCCCCUCCCAGUGGCCACUGUGGAGGCAUUUCAUAGAAAUGCUUGCUGGACCAUUCAGGUUUAGAAUUGGGACAAAACUGAGAACUCAUGAGGAUAUUGGACAGGAGUUAGGAAAUGACCUUCUCACACAACUGGGGCAAGGAGGGGAGAACCCUGGGCUUGAGACUUGCAAUCCACCACCUGCCCCUGCAGUGUGGCCCCUGUUACAUUUUCCUGCAACUCUGCCUUCUUGAGUCCAAAUGUCUUCGAAAGGGGCAAAUGCUUCGUAAGUGCCAACAGGGUGUGUUUCAGUGAAUGUUCGAAGUGUGCACCGGUCUGGCUGAAGGCCUCUUCCAUUUCCCAACACCCUCCCAUUGUGCAAAAUUACCCUGCCCAGCAGGGAGUGACGUGUGUGUCUUGGAAGAUUUUGCUGCUGUGCUCUGAGUACUUACUCCUUAUCUCCUUUGACCAGUUUCCUAACAAUCCCCAUGUUCACAACACAGAACAUGAGUGCUCUUUCCUGUCAUUUUGACACUAAUAAACGGACAGUGAUUCUCAGUGUGGAAAUGAGAAUGAAGUUUUUUUUAAAGACAGGCUACAAUAAUUCCCACACAGAGAACCACAUGCGAUGACACUGGAUUCCAAACAGCAAGACUAUAUGGUGAAGAUGAGGCCAACAGUGAGCUGAGAGAGGCCAGCCAGGGUGUGUUUCAGUGAAGAUGAGAAACAAUCAGAUAACACCUGUUUCCUCCAGGAAAGAAAAUGUGGUGGCCAGGGAAAAGAGAUGGGAGGAAGGCUGGUCAUUGCCUAUUCCACUGUGCACAGUUUGAAUUUGGAGACAUGAAAAGUAUUGCUUGGUUAAAUUAAAAUCAUUCAAAAGAUAAAAAAUAAACAACACCAGCACAAUAUGCUGGGAAACAAAAUGAAAGGAUUUCUGGUCUCGGUGCUGUAGGUCGCAUAGCCACUCUUUCCUGGAUUGAGGCUUUCCAGCAAAGGGGAUGGGAAGUAAGGCUGGCCUGCUGGUGUGGACAGAGAUUCCAGCAACAUACAUGACCUGGGGGCACAAGGAUUGCUUCCUAAACAAUGAUGAGCACACAGCCAACUAAUAACCUGGAUCGGCUGAGACCAUCCUGAUUUCAAACACCCAGUCCCCUUGCCUUCCUAAGAACCCCUGUGUUUUUCAGACUGAAAACAUGUUCUGAAUUUGGUUCACGAAGUGCAGCCCCUGUUGAAAUUCAUCAAGAGUGGGAAAGAGCCAAAGUGGGAAGGAGCAUGGGUUGAUUGGCACAAAAGUAGGCCUGUUGAUAAUGAAUGGAAGUAAAGGGGACAUCAGGUAGAAGCUUUUGUUGUGAGUCAAAAGGACAAUUUAAAAGUUGCCUAAAGAGGCACACGCCAUCUCUGCUGCUGCCAUCCAGUUGGAAGGGAAACUUAGGUUCUUGCCUAAUGGCCGAAGCCCUUCACAGAAUGUCCCCCACCCCUACCAGCUGCCCACUGCCCCUCCCCCUCUGCAGAAUGUCUGGGGUCCUAUGUUCCAAAAACCUGUUUACAUUCAAAUUUUACCUGCUGCAGUUGGACUCAGGAGCAUCUGCUGAGCCAGGUCACUCUCUGGGUCCUAUCCUUGACUUUUCUCAUUGCGGAAACUGCCAGACAGCGGUUGUCAGUGCCCACCCUGAGGGGAUGGCUUCAAAUGGAGCAUACCCAGUGCUGGGACCAGGCGUGACCGUGAACCCUGGCACCUCCCUGUCUGUGUUCACGGCUCUGCCCUUCACCACACCCGCUCCCGGCCCAGCACACGGGCCGCUCCUUGUGACUGCAGGGGUUCCUCCAGGCGGCCCUCUGGUGCUGUCUACCUUCCCCAGUACACCUCUGGUGGCAGAACAGGAUGGCCGCGGCCCGAGUGGGGCCGGGGCUUCCAACGUCUUUGCCCAGAUGAGGACAGAGGUGGGGCCUGUGAAGGCCCCUCAGGCGCAGACCUUGGUCCUAACUCAGGGCCCCCUCAUCUGGCAGGCUCCAGGCACCCUCUGCGGAGGUGUUGUGUGUCCACCUCCCCUACUCCUGGCAGCUGCUCCUGUGGUGCCUGUUAUGGCUGCCCAGGUGGUUGGGGGCACCCAGGCCUGUGAGGGAGGCUGGUCCCAGGGCCUUCCUCUUCCACCACCACCACCACCGGCUGCCCAGUUGUCCCCCAUUGUGUCCCAAGGGAAUGCUGGGCCACGGCCACAAGGGGCUCAUGGAGAGGGCAGCCUGGCUUCCUCCCAGGCCAAGGCCCCGCCAGAUGACUCCUGUAACCCCAAGAGUGUCUAUGAGAACUUCCGACUCUGGCAGCACUACAAGUCCCUGGCCCAGAGGCACCUUCCCCACAGUCCUGACACCGAAGCGCUUUCCUGCUUCCUCAUCCCAGUUCUCCAAUCCCUGGCCUGGCGGAAGCCCACCAUGACCCUGGAGGAGGGACUGUGGCGGGCCAUGCGGGAAUGGCAGCACACGAGCAACUUUGACCGGAUGAUCUUCUACGAGAUGGCGGAAAAAUUCCUGGAGUUUGAGGCUGAGGAGGAGAUGCAGAUUCAGAAAUCGCAAUGGAUGAAGGGGCCCCAGUGCCUGCCUCCUCCAGCCACACCGAGGCUUGAACCUCGAGGACCCCCGGCCCCUGAGGUGGUCAAGCAGCCAGUGUACCUUCCCAGCAAGGCCGGCCCCAAGGCCCCAACUGCCUGCCUGCCACCACCCAGGCCCCAGAGGCCAGUGGAGACCAAGGCCCGCCGGCCACCACCCCGGCCCCACCGGCAAACAGAGACCAAGGCCCGCAGGCCACCACCCAGGCCCCAGAGACCAGCAGAGACCAAGGUCCCUGAAGAGAUCCCCCCAGAAGUGGUGCAGGAGUAUGUGGACAUCAUGGAGGAGCUGCUGGGGCCUUCCCUCGGGGCCACGGGGGAGCCCGAGAAACAACGGGAAGAGGGCGAAGUGAAGCAGCCACAGGAAGAGGACUGGACGCCCCCAGACCCGGGCCUCCUGAGCUACAUUGACAAGCUGUGUUCCCAGAAAGACUUCGUCACCAAGGUGGAGGCCGUCAUUCACCCGCGAUUCCUGGAAGAAUUGCUUUUCCCAGAUCCACAGAUGGAUUUCUUGGCCCUAAGCCAGGAGCUGGAGCAGGAGGAAGGACUCAUCCUUGCCCAGCUAGUGGAGAAGCGCCUCCUACCCUUGAAGGAGAAACAGCGUAUGACGGCAGCCCCUAGUCAUGGCACAGCCCGGUUGGACUCAAGUUCUUCCAAGUUUGCACCUGGCCAAGGAGCAGAGAGAGACGUCCCUGACACCUAACAACGGGUUGGCAUGGAAACCUGCCCACCCCAGACGGCUGCCUGGGACUCUCAGGGACGAGGCAGGGCACACACUGGCAUGGCCAGGUCCAAAGACUCUGCUGUGCUUUUGGGAUGUCAGGAUUCCCCUGGGCUGAGGGCUGCCCGGCCAACCUCUCCUCCGCAGGACCACAGACCCACCUGCCCUGGCCUGGGUACCAAGGACGCCUUGGAUCUCCCUGGAGGGUCUCCUGUCAGGGAGUCACAUGGGCUGGCUCAGGGGUCAAGUGAGGAGGAGGAGCUCCCCAGCCUGGCCUUCCUCUUGGGUUCCCAGCACAAGCUGCUGCCCUGGUGGCUACCCCAGAGCCCUGUCCCUGCCUCGGGCCUUCUCAGCCCAGAAAAGUGGGGACCCCAGGGAACUCAUCAGUCCCCAUCUGCUGAGAGAAGAGGCCUCAACCUAGCACCUUCUCCUGCCAACAAGUCCAAGAAGCGACCUCUCUUUGGAAGCCUGUCCCCUGCUGAAAAGACACCCCACCCAGGGCCUGGGCUCAGGGUCUCUGGGGAGCAAUCCCUGACUUGGGGGCUGGGUGGCCCCUCACAGUCUCAAAAGAGAAAGGGUGACCCCUUGGUCUCCAGGAAGGAGAAGAAGCAGCAUUGUAGCCAGUAGGGGCUUCUGAGCAGGCUCUCUGGGGCCAGUCCCCAAGGAUGGGGCUCUGGCAUCCGAUGCCCCAAAGCGGUCAAAAGCUUCUUCUCCCCCAGUGCUGAUCUUGCUGGGCCUUAGCUUUGGAGGGUAGGGGAGGGAGGGGAGGGAGAGGGUGGCUGAAUGGGGAGGGCAGGAAGGGAGGGUCUGGGGGGAAGGGGCUGGGGAGUGGGGGUGGGAAGCAGUGCGUUGGGGGCCUCGUGUGUAAGUGUGAAUAAAUGUAGUUGUCUUGGAAAAUGCUCUUGGGGCUGCUGCCUCUGUCCUCGGUGCUGUGC